GUCAUUUAAUACCGUUUGUCAAGACAAGUGAGGCCUCGACACUUCGCAUCUUCGACCUUCCUGGGAUAAAACUCCAGCCCACCCCAGCUCACCGUUCAUGGAGUCCCUCUCUCGGUGCAUCGUUGUCACCACUGCUGCCAGUGCUCCUUCAAUCUUCAAGAUACACUGCAUCCGCUGAACAUCAUGGAUCUUCUUCAUCUUUCCAUGAUUCUGUGCAUUUCGACUUUCGGAGUCCACAUUUCAUACGCCCUUUCCGUCGCCCACCGAAUCGGCCGUCCCGUACCCGCCCGUCUCAGCCCCUUCAAACACCAUCAGUCUUGCCUCCAUGGUCGUGUCAGCGCUCGCUCUCGUUUGUCAGGCAAUUUCUCUGGCAAGGCCAUCGUCGGAGAAGCCAUCGCCGGCUUCAUUACUAGCGCAACUGUUGCAGGCAAAACCAUUCGAAGACGGCGAAUUCAGAGGCCUAUUACAAGAUUUCGUCAGGGCCUGUCAAAAUGAGCGUAGGGGGGCGCCAGCCAUAGGAUCAGGAGGUCCCGCGACCGACAGUGGACCACCCCCGGCAAGCAGGCCAGGAAAUCCACCUCAACAAACGCCGCCCAGUUUGACCGAACACGAUUCGACGAGCGACCACCAGCCUCUGGACCGCAGUGACGCUGGGGAGGAUGAGGAUCUGCUGGCGCUUGCGUGGCUGCGGGGAAACCUUUCCGGCGCGCGACCGAGCGAGAUGGACAAUGCCAACGGCCCCCGACACCCUAGGGGAGGCCCUCAGAGCCGCGUUAAGCCUCAAUCCUUUCGACCUGGGAGCAGCGGUUCCAACAUUGUCGGCGGCGCUGUGACAGGUGCUCGUGCGCAACCAGGGCGCACCCAGAAGAGGAACACGGGCAAAAAGCCAUUCCCGCCUCUCGUUGCUGCCGCCGCCGCCGCCGUCGAUGCUGCUGCUUCCGAACCAGAGCAAGCACCCUGGGCGAACCUCGAUUCCCUGCAAAGCGACCAGGCGAGAACUUCUGGCAGAGGACAGCCCCACAACACACCCUUCCCCAGACGCCCGCGAUCCAAGACCUGACGGCUGCGAAGACGCCAGAAACCCUCGUCGUCGGCAGUUCCUUGGGCGAGAAAACCACUCUUUUCCACAGACCUUACGGCCCCUUGCCGGGUACACUCACUCACUCGUGUACUGCUGGAGUUUUGUGUGUGGGACCAACGAUAGCUCAAUUGAUCUGGAAGCACCAAUUGAAUUUAAUGACUUGUGGGGAAAGCAGUUUAUAAAGGCAGAUAGGCAA